GUGUCACUCUACCUACCACUAACCGCUAAUAUCUCCUCACUUUGCCUCACACAACGGCUCCAAGCCAUUGAAACCCCACUCCUGAAUUCCCUUGUUACCGUCGCGCUGCCUCCAUCUUCACCCGUCCCUCUGGGACAGAAUAGUGAUUCCAUGGCCUUUCUCCCUCGAUAGAAUUCGGAUAAUUGCAUAAAAUAUUGUGAGAAUUUUUCAAAAAAAUAAAAAAUGCAUUGUUUGAAUCUGAAGGUAGUUACUGAUUUCAACGCGCGGUCAUGGCCGAGUCGACUCGUCGUGGACUCGUAUGCCGCAGGCACCAGAGGGCAAAUGUUGAAUUGUAACAGUAAUUAUAAACAUCAGAAUGUUAGGUUAGUCAAGAUUGUUGCUUGUAGUACGUCGGAGGAUCCGAAUCCUAUUUCGGGUUCCUGUCAGGGUCAGAAUUCGGUUCUUUCUCGGACCCAAACCUAUGCUUUGUUGAAGCAGCAAUUGGAAGUCGCUGCAAAAUCAGAGGAUUAUAAAGAAGCUGCCAGACUUCGUGAUUCUUUGAAAAUUUUCGAGGAAGAAGAGCCAGUUUUGCGUCUUAAGAGGUCGUUGAAAGAGGCCAUUACAGAGGAGAAGUUUGAAGAUGCAGCUAGGUACCGUGAUGAGCUGAAGGAAAUUGCUCCACACUCUCUCUUGAAGUGCUCUAGUGAUGCAACCACUUUGGGCGUUAGGGUUCAGGUUAGGAGUGUUUACAUAGAAAGCCGAAGUCAGCCUUCGAAGGGUCUUUACUUUUUUGCAUAUAGAAUCAGGAUCACCAACAAUUCAGAUCGCCCAGUACAACUUUUGAGAAGGCACUGGAUCAUCACUGAUGCCAAUGGGAAAACCGAGAACGUCUGGGGAAUUGGAGUUAUUGGUGAACAACCAGUUAUACUUCCCAACACCGGGUUUGAAUAUUCAUCAGCUUGCCCAUUGAGCACACCUAGUGGCAGAAUGGAGGGUGACUUUGAGAUGAAGCAUAUUGAUAAAGUAGGCUCUCGGACAUUCAACGUGGCCAUUGCCCCCUUUUCUCUCUCUACAUUCGGAGAUGGUACUGAUGCUUUUUGAAGAGUACUGUGGAUACGCAAAAUGGAGAUGGAUUGUCUCACGCGUACUGUUUGUUAUAUCAGAUUGUAACAUCAUAGCAAUAGUGCAGUUCUUGAGACAUGUCAAAACCUGUAUAUGUUACCAUAAGAAGUGUAAGAUAUUUAAUCAUCCCCAGUAAGGAUUGUAUGCUAGAGACUGAUAAAUACACGUCAAAACAGAAUUUUGUCUGGUUUGUAUUAUGAAGUUAUAAAUGGAACGAACUGUAUAGUAUGUAUGUAUUGAAACUGCAAUGUUGAUUGGAAAUUGAUUGCUUUA